AUGCGCGCUCCCGCCUUCCUGGCCGUCCUGGCCGUCUACUCCCGCGCCGUGGCCGCCAUCCCCGCCACCGCCCUGCAGGCCCGCGAUGCCGCCGCCGCCGCCGCCCCGACACCACCCCCCGACGCAGCAGCGCAGCUCAACAAGCGCGAGAGCCCGAAUGACCGCUGGGGCGCGGCGGACCCCUGGGUGGUCGUCGACGACGAGGGCCAGCCGUCCACGACCAUCACGCCCAGCGUGACGACAAUCGACGGCACGCCCUCGGCCGUCGCGGACGGCGCCCCCCACGACCUCACGGCCUCGAUCUACACGUGGACCACCUGGGGCAAGAUCACGACGAGCACCGGCGAGCCGCCCAACCCGACGGCCACCAACGUCAAGACGGGCGAGGGCUCCUUCUCGCGCUGCUUCAACAAGGACGGGCCCAACGCACCCUUCUGCCGGCCCGCCGCCAACUCGACGCUGCUCACCGGCAGCACCUACUACAUCACCUGGGACCCCGACUACUACAACCGCACGUCGGACAAGCUCGCCGGCAACUCGACGUACGAGGUGGCCGUGCGGCUCGAGUACCUCAACACGACGUCCAACGAGAUGGUGCUCCUCGACACGUUUGAGCGCGUGCCCGCGGCGUGGGGCUUCCGGGCGUGGAAGGUGGACCGCUCGUUCCUCAAGGGCAAGCGCCUCAACAACGUGACCAUCGCGCUGCACGCCUCGGUCAAGGGCUCCUACGAGGUGACCAACAAGACGGCGCCCCUGCCCGUCGCCAUCACCGACCCGGACCUCGACCACACGACGCCCAGCCCCGUCCCCAAGGGCGACACCCUCGUCAUCGCCCUGCCCGUCGUCUUCGGCACCAUCGCCCUCCUCGUCGUCGGCCUCUGCAUCUGGAACCGCAAGACGCGCCGCAUCGACCUCGGCAACAUCAUGAGCCGCUCCCGGCGCAGCCGCGGCUACGACGGCCGCAGCAGGAGGAGGGACCUGUUCCGCCGCGGGGGAGGUGCCGCCAAGGAUAACGGCAUUCAGCUCGAUGCUGCGCCCAUGUCUCCCCCGCCGCACGGUGGCGACCACUACUACUCGGACGAGCUGCCGCCGGCCGGCCGGCCCCGCGGCGACAGCGACGGCCUCGGCAGCCUCGCCGGCAGCCCCGUCGACCCCACGUUUGAGCGCCAGGGCACCACCGGCGCUGGCCGCAACGCCUUCAGGGACGAGGUCGCCCGCCAGGAGAGGCAGAGGCGCGGCGACGACAUGUUUUAG